UUCGGGAUGGCUAAAACAGUAACAUUCAUGGUAUUGAAAACAAAUUAUUGCUGUAUGAUCAACAAUUCGAACUAUUGAAACUUUGCAGACUAUGAACUAAUCAUCAUCAGCAUGCUACAUGUACCUACACAGCAGAUUGUAAGAAAUAUUUCCCGGAAAGUUGGCAGAACACUCUUGUGAUAGAGAAGUGCUGUCGUCUGCGUCCGUUUAAUUUCGUGUUCAGCUGCGGGGUCGUUGUUUACUUUCAGGAAAGUCAGGGAAAGUUCAAAUCAUACAACGAGAAAAUGAGGUUUGGAUUUUCAGUGUUCAAAAGUAUAAAAGUGUUCCGAAUCACCAGUUUCUGUAAGCAGGAUAUUGGAUAUUGUAUUCGUAGCCGAUGGUACACAACAAAUGCAGCAGAACCAGAAGAAUCAGCGAGUAAGACUGCAAAAAAAGAACGAGUCAAAUUCAAACGUCUCGAUGGUUCGAUGGACACUUCCACCUCAUCUUAUCAGCAGCGAUCGGAGUACAGCAAAACCUUAGAGGAGAAUCACAACAAAUUUAUUUCCUUGGCGCGGUCUGGUGGUGGCGAGAAGGCCAUGCAGAGGCACACCCAAGUGAAUAAGAAGUUGUUCGUCCGAGACAGACUGAGGCUGUUGCUUGAUGAGUACUGCGAUAACACAUUCCUAGAGAUUGGGACCCUGGCUGGAUUUGGAAUGCCUUACGGUGACAUCCCAUGUGCCAGCACUGUGAUUGGUGUUGGAAAAAUCCAUGGCACAUGGUGUGCAAUAUCUGCCAAUGAUGGCACCGUCAAAGGAGGCACAAUGUACCCCAUCGGAGUCAAGAAGCAGUUGAGAUGUCAAGAGAUCGGAUUGCACAACCGUCUACCUUGCGUGUAUGUCGUGGACAGUGGGGGCGCUUUUCUUCCUCUUCAGGCAGAUAUAUUUGCGGACAAGGAACAUGGCGGAAAAACAUUUGCCAAUGAGGCUAUUUUCUCAGCCCUCAAAAUUCCUCAGAUUGCUAUUGUUUGCGGAUCAUGCACAGCAGGUGGGGCCUAUGUACCUACAAUGUGUGACGAGGCAGUUAUAGUGGACAAGAUUGGAACCAUCUUCCUGGGUGGCCCGCCGCUGGUACGAGCAGCUACCGGGGAGAAAGUCAGUGCAGAAGACCUGGGUGGCGCUACGUUACACUGCAAGGUCAGCGGAUGCACCGAUCAUUUUGCCGCCAACGAAGAAGAAGCAUUUGAUGUCGGGAGGGACAUUGUAGCCAGUCUGAAUGCAGACUUACCCUCGGAGCCUGAGAGUUGGUUGGAGCCUCUCUACAGUACCAACGAACUGCCUGGAAUCGAUCCAGCAACACCGGGGAGCAUGAAGAAGAUUAUUGCUCGGCUGACUGAUGGAAGCAGAUUUCAUGAGUUUAAAACCUUGUAUGGCCCCACCCUGGUAACAGGCAUGGCAUUUAUUAAGGGCCAUCUGGUGGGAAUUGUGGGCAACGAUGGCGCUCUCACCGCAAAUGCAGCUACAAAAGGAGCCCACUUCGUUGAGCUGUGCUGCCAUCGACAAAUACCAAUAAUCUUCCUGCAGAACUUGCCUCCAGAGGGCAGUAUAACAGAUAUUGGAGACGGAGAAUCCAUGGGAGAUGUGAUCAGAGCUCGAUCCAAGAUGAUGACGGCCGUCGCCUGCGCCAAAGUCCCAAAGAUAACGGUGAUUGUUGGCGACAGCUUUGGACCGAGCAACUUUGCAAUGUGUGGUCGAGCGUUUAGUCCCCGUUUUCUCUUCAUGUGGCCAUCCGCUAGAAUUGGUAUUUCUUCCCAAGAAGAAUCACAGUUUGGAGGAGUGGAGUUGGACAGUGAUGAGACAUUGGAGUUGGACUCUAAGACAGGAGAGAGAUUUAAGCGUCAGGUUUCAGCUUUAUACUCCAGCGGAAGGCUGUGGGAUGACGGAAUAAUUCUCCCUCAACACACACGUCAGGUCCUUGGAAUGUGUCUAAGUAUUACCUCACAGCAUGGACAAGAGGAACAUACCAAGUUUGGUGUCUUUAGGAUGUGAUUUUCAUUAUCAGAGUAUGGACUAGAAUCACCAGUGUGAGGUUUGGGUACCUAACUGUACCUCACCCAGUAUCACCUCG